AGGGCAGCGGGGGUUAAUUGCCGGAAGAGGAAACCUGUCCUAGGGCCGGGGGAUAGCACCUAGCGGGCGAUGGCGUCCGGCGCGAGCGCCCCGGGCUAGCGCGGGAGACGCUGCGGGGCCCCGGCGCGCCCGCUCGCGUCCCUUCUCGACCUUGUCGUUUGCCUGGCCGGGCCUGGGCUGCGAUGGGGCCCCUUGGGCUGCUGGUCCUUGCAGUGCUGGCGUCGGAACGGGGAGUGGCAGGUGGAGCCGAGACCGUCUGGAACUCCAGCGAAGGUCUUCUUGAAUUUUCUUUGGGGAAAUUUAGGUACUUCAAGCUCAACAGGUCCUUUACAGAGGAAGCAGUUCUGCACGAUAUUUCAAGCAAUGCAACUUUUCUUAUUUUCCAAAUACACUCACAGUAUCAGAACACCACAGUUUCUUUUCCUAAGGAUCUCCUUCCCAGUAACUCAGCAACAGGCACAGACAAAGGACUGGUUUCCCUUCUUAGACCAGAGCAGAGUAUGUGUACUUGGUACUUGGAGGCUUCAGAUGCUAAACCUGUCCAAACUGUGGCUGUUCCACUCUCCUACACAGAAAGGGAUCCUGUCCCUGGAGGCUGUAAUUUGGAGUUUGAUUUAGAUAUUGAUCCCAACGUUUAUCUGGAGUAUAAUUUCUUUGAAACAGUGAUCAGAUUUGCCCCAGCAAACCUGGGCUUUGCGAGAGGCACAGACCCUCCACCAUGUGACGUGGGGACAGGCCGGGACUCCAGGUGGAGGCUGCAGUAUGAUGUCUAUCAGUAUUACCUGCCUGAGAACGACCUCACGGAGAAGGUCUUGCUGAAACAUCUGCAGAGGAUGGCUGAGGUGCCUCAGGUGAAGGCCAAUGCCAUCAAGGUGGUUACUCUAACAGCUAAUGAUAAGACACACAUUUACUUCUCCUCCCUGCGGGGACAGGGUGUAAUUUAUAAUGUCAUUGUUUGGGACCCGUUACUAAAUACAUCUGCUGCUUAUGUUCCUGCUCACACAUAUGCUUGCAGCUUUGAGGCAGUGGAAGGCAAUUGUUCUUCCCCUGGAAGAGUAUCUACCAAAGUGUUCUUCACUUUUUUUGCCCUGCUUGGUCUCUUCAUUUGCUUCUUUGGACACAGAUUCUGGAAAACAGAAUUAUUCUUCAUAGGUUUUAUCUUCAUGGGAUUCUUCUUUUAUAUACUGAUUACAAGACUGACACCUAUUAAGUAUGAUGUUCGUCUGAUUCUGACAGCCAUAGCUGGAAGCAUUGGUGGAAUUUUCUUGGUAGCCACUUGGUGGCGGUUUGGACUCCUCAUACUCUGCAUGCUGUUUGUGGGACUAGUGCUGGGAUUCCUGGUCUCAUCGGUGACUUUCUUCACUCCGCUGGGAAACCUGAAGGUUUUUCGUGAUGACUGUGUGUUCUGGGUGACCUUCUCUUGUAUAGCUGUUUUCAUUCCAGUAGUUUUCAUGGGCUGCCUAAGAAUACUGAACAUACUGACUUGUGGAAUCAUUGGCUCCUAUUCAGUGGUUUUGGCCAUUGACAGUUACAUGUUCACCAGCCUUUCCUACAUCACUUUGAAUGUACUCAAGAGAGCGCUCAACACAGAUUUCCACAGAGCUUUCACAAACGUGCCUUUUCAAACUAAUGAUUUUAUUAUCCUGGCAGUAUGGGGGAUGGUGGCUGUAAGUGGAAUUACAUUACAGAUUCGAAGAGAAAGAGGUCGACCAUUUUUCCCUCCCCACCCAUACAAGUUAUGGAAGCGAGAGAGAGAGCGCAGAGUAACGAACAUCCUGGACCCCAGCUACCAUGUCCCUCCAUUGAGAGAGAGGCUCCACGGCCAGUUAACCCAGAUCAAAGGGCUCUUCCAGAAAGCACAGCCAGCUGGAGAGAGAACACCUCUGCUUCUAUAGACAAUAAAGGGCUUAGUCAGUGUAAUCUCGUGUAGAACUUGAGCACUGUUUCAGCUGUGGAAGUUAUGCCUGGUACAAGCCUAAUGAAAUAAUGAAAGCAUAGGCUUAUAUAUCUGUGCUUUGCACAAUGUUCCCUGUUGUUACAUGAUAAGGGCAUGCCAGGGAAAUUUGUGUGUGUGUGUGUAUGAGAGACAGAGAUAUGACCAAGAAGUUAAUGGUAGGGAAAUUUUUCCUAAUUACAAAAUACUUGGAGAAAUUACUUUUUGGCUUACAAAUAUAUGAUCAACUUAUUCUAUUAAAUAAAUUUUAAAAACAUUAAACAUAACAAUAUUAUUAUUCUCCUGCAGAACCCUGAUUCUUUUUUCAGUAUGUCCUUGACCAUUUCUUUCACCAGUGUCUGUCUAAACCUGGGGAGGAGACAGUUUUAAGUGUUAUAUUUAAUCUUUGCCACUGUGUUUGGAGGUUUAGGGAUUUGAACCUGCAUCUUUGAGCUUCAGAGUACAAAAGAGGAAGUAACUUGUUUUCUUACUAAAAGCAGUGUGAUUACUGAAUUGCAUGGCUCUUUUAAUAAUGAUACAUUAUUAAAAAGGUAGCCUUCCUCUUUGCCUUUUAUUGCUUAAAAUGGUAAUUUAAGUCACUAAAUUAUUUCAAUUAUUUGAAAAUAGGUCAAUUUAUAUAGAUAAUACAAUUUUAAAUGGAUGAUUUAUUUAUAUUACAAACAAUGGCCUGCUUUUUUUUAAGGUCUUUUCAAAAUAGUGUUGACAGCUGAUUUCCAAUUUAAACUGCAUUAGAUGAUAUAUGGAUUAUGUUGUGUUUUGAAGAAACAAAUUGGCCCCUGCCUUAAUCUAUGCUUCCAUUAGCAAGUAAACCUUUAAAAAGUUGCAUUUUGUAGUUCUGCUAAAUUAACUGUUAUUAACAUUAGUGUAAAGUACCAUUUUUAAUAAUUUAUCUUCUGUAUGAAGUGUUUGUACCAGCUGUGGUUUAAAGUGAUAAGGAGGGAGUAAAAAGGAGACAAAUUUAUUAAAUGGAUCUGCCUUUCAUUAGGACCUUGGAUUCCCUGAGGAGAGUGCUCUCAGUUUUGAAAUCCUUUUUUCCACCCCUAGAAAGCACCUGGUAUACCCUAGGCUGCAUACUUUUUACUGGUGGCCUUUUCUCUUGUCAGAGUCUCUGCCACCAGUUCUGCCUUAGAUUUUCAGCAGGUGAUUCUGACAUGCCUAAAUGACAUUGAGGUUGGUUGUGGUAAUUGCAUACACAUAUUUGAGUUAACCACUAUUUAACUGAUGCUGCUUUUUAGGCUCUUUUCAAGGUUCAAUAGAUUUUUGAAGUUUCAGGUUACUGAAAUAUCAACUUUUGCUUUCAAAAAUGUUUUGGGAAGGUUGAAACAAAAUGAAAAAAACAUACAACUAAUCAUUUCUGCUUUGAGAAAUUAUGCACAGUGUUCAUUUGGUAUUUAUUCUGUAGUCGUUACUGUUUACACAACCUUAGUAACACUUAAAGAGUGUCUUUCAUAAUUCAGUGUGGGUAGAUUGGCUUCUACCAGUCUUUGUACAUUCUAACAGAGUUAUAUGGAAUGUUUGUGAGUUCUCUUCUGUACCAUCAAAAUGUUCUGCUAGCAAGGAUUGUAAAAGCGGAACACUUUGAAGGAGACACAAAUUGUUUAAAAUUUUUCAUGAUGUUAAAUUGUGAGUAAUAAAAAGCCAGUUUGUAUAAUUUUUUAUAAUAAAUACCUAUUUUGAAAAA